AUGACGGUGCAGAGGUGGCAGUUCGAAUUUCCAGAGGCGUUGCAGGCCGUCUUGAAGGCUUCAGACUUGGAAUUGGAUGUCCCCGAUGUGAAGGUGGACAUUUGCGGGGCGCUGCGCAACGCGGCGCUGGAGGGCGAGGCUUCGCGGAUGCCCGCGGCGGUGUGCCUCUUCGGCGCGCGGCUGGCGGGGCUCUGCGACCGCCACGGCCUGGACCCAGAGGUCAGGAAGCAACUGGUGGCCACCUUGAGCUACGCUGAGGAAGCCGAGAAGGAGGAAGUGGAGGAGGAGCAGGAGGAGUUGCAUAGCCCAAAGCGGUUGAGGGCCGGAUCGGAAGGGGCAGAGCGCGACGAGGAGGAGCUGUGCCGGAUCAAGUUUCCAGAGGAGCUUGAUGCUCAACUCGCCGACAUUCUGAGUUCGAUGGGCGGGGUUGAAAGUAUCAAGCUUCACCUGGAGAAGAUGGACCAGAGAAAGUAUGAGAUUCUGUCUAUGCCCUGGUGCCUUGAGAUGAGCGGCAACGAGUGGCCGGAGCCCUCCUCGGCUGCAUGGGAUUUCCUGGAGAGCCUUUGCUUGCUCGCUGAGGAUGCGCGGUUGAUCUCACGCCUGGAGCUCCAACACAAGGAGAAGCUAAAGCGACGCAUCCUGUUCCCAGAGGUAGACACGGAGCGUGUGGUGUCUGAGAUGGGGCUGGAACAGAUCCUUCAGCAUUUCCAGAAGAAGUUCCCCGGACUGUGCUUCUCAGUUGAGAGGGAGCCGUGGCACCUCUCAGUGUCUGGAAGUGUGAAGGAAGACUGGGGAGCCAUGCAUGAGGAGGCAGAAGAUUUCUUUUGCUACAUGCUCCAAAUGGACAAGGUGAUGGCGCAAGAACCAGAAGAGCCAGCACCAGCAGCAGAGGGUGAAGCGCCAGAGGAGGAAGACGCGGUCGAAGUGGAAGCCGCAGUGGAGGAAGAAGCAGCAGCAGCAGAGCAAGCAGCAGCACAGGGUGAAGCAUCAGCAGAAGAGGAAGAAGAGCUCGAAGCAGACGCCGAACAAGAGGACGAAGCAGCAGCAGAAGCAGCAGCAGCAGCAGAUGGCGAAGCACCAGCAGAAGAGGAAGAAGAGCUUCCAGUGGAAGCCGAAGAGGUGGACGAAGCAGCAGCAGCAGCAGCAGAGGAGCAAGCAGCACCAGAUUCGCCAGCGGAAGAGGAAGAAGAGCUUCCAGUGGAAGCCGAACAGGAGGACGAAGCAGCAUCACCAGAAGAGGAAGAAGAGCUCGAAGUGGAAGCCGAAGACGAGGAAGAAGCAGCAGCAGCAUCAGAGGGGCAAGCAUCAGCACAGGGUGAAGCGUCAGCAGAGGAGGAAAAAGAGCUCGAAAUGGAGGCCGAAGAGGAGGAAGAAGCAGCACCAGCAGAGAAGCAAGCACCAGAAGAGGGUGAAGCUCCAGUAGAAGAGGAAGAAGAGGUCGAACAGGAAACAGAAACGGAGGAAGAAGCAGUAGCAGUGGCGAAGGAGCAAGCAGAAGCAGCGGAGACCAAAGCAGCAGGAGAAGAGGAACAAGAGAAAGAGGCAGAUGAAGCAGCAGCAGCAGAGGAGCAAGCAGCAGCAGAGGGAGAAGCGCCAGCAGAAGAGGGAGAAGAGCUCAAUGUAGAAACCGAACAAGAGGAAGAAGCGGCAGAAGCAUCAGCAGAGGAGCAAGCAGCAGCAGAUGGUGUAGCAGCAGCAGAGGAAGAAGAGCCCGAAGUGGAAGCCGGAGAGGAGAAAGAAGAAACUUUACCAGCAGCAGAGGAGCAAGCAACAACAUCACUGGGAGAAGCGCCAGCAGAAGAGGAAGAAGAGCCCGAAGUGGAAGCCGAAGAGCAGAAAGCAGAAGAAGAGGAAGCAGCAGCAGAAGAAGAGCAAGCACCAGCAGCAGAGGGAGAAGCGCCAGCAGAACAGGAAGACGAGCCCGAAGUGGAAGCCAAAGAGGAGUUAGAAGCAGCAGCAACACUCAUGGAGGCUGCAGCGGAGAAGACUAGCACUGAUGCCUUCCAUGAAGUAAGGCCAUCGCCAAAGGAUUCGAAGACUGAGCCGGAAAGCCAGAAGUUGGAGGAGAAGUUUACGAAGAAGAGCAACACACUGCUGUCAGAUUAUGCCAGCAGCGAUGAGGACAACACCGAAGAGCUCGACCCAAAAGUGAUGCAGCUGGUCAGCAUGGAGACUGCUCACCCAUCGCAAGAGGAGGCGACAGCGGAGGAGAGGGAACCUGAGAAGGAGCCGGAGGUGAUUUCCAGCCCAGGCGCUGGGGAUCCUAAGGCUGAGUCAUUCAGCAUGGACCAGAAUGUCAUGAAGGCGCCGCCUUCAAUUCCCCAGCAAGCCAAAAGCAAGGCGAUGCCAGCAGCAAUCGCGCGAACUACGUCAGCGCCACCUUCGAUUCCCAAGCAAGCCAAAAGCAAGGCGAUGCCAGCAGCAAUCACACGAACUACGUCAGCUGUCCUUCCCAAGAAGCCCCCGAUCCAACAACUGCCCCAGCACGACUACUCCCGCAUGACCGACGUGCCGCAGUGGGUCCAAGACGCGGAGAACGCUUCCUACGCGGCCUACGCGCGCAACCCACCACUGGGUCAUCGCCCCAGGGAAGAGGGUUGGCGCUGGAGAGCAAGGAGAACUCAUGUCCUGCAGAAGGCUGUGCCGCCCGCAGGGCUUCCCUCAGAAUUCCCUGAGGAUCGCGCCUUGAGCGCGCCCGUGCGAAAGGUGCUGCUGGCCAUUCGCGGCCGUGCAGAAGAGGAGCAGAAGACUUGGCGCAAGAGCGGGCCCAAGCGCGACGGCCUUCCGCCGGAGGUGCCCGCUCACAUCUACGUCCUGCUACAGCAGGUGAGGGAGAUCUACCGGAGGCAACACCUCAGGAGCUGA